AUGAAUCGGGAUGGAACGGUGAACACGGACUUGGAUCCUAUGGCCGACUAUCUGCUACAGAUUGAAGCGUCCAACAAGAUGCACUGCGCUUCGCUGAACAUGUUUGGUUUUGAUGGAGAUCGGUUGCUCUUGACGCUUACAAGACGCAAAGCAGAACGCUACACAGAGAUCACCAAACCCAACACGGUCGAACGGCAAGCAGCCAUUGCAAAGAAUCUUGGAACUGCUGGUCAGUUGUAUCAUCAGACACACGGUCAACACCUUACGUCUGAUGAUUUCUUUCGAGGCAAUGCCAUGCGAGAGCGCACCGAGCAGGUCGACAAACUCGAGAAGAAAAAGAAGAUUGAACUUGCGAAAAUGGCACUCAAAGAGCAACGCGAUGCUAUUAUCCAAGAAAAGGGUGAGCCUACGGCAGCGACGAUCAGUGCGUUCAACGCAAAGGAAAUGGGGAUCCUCUAUAAAUACAAAAAAGGAAGUGCUCCCAAAGGAAAGAAAGCAGAGGUCCUCUUGGCUUAUCUAGCAGCACCAGCUCCGCGAAAACUCGACGGAUGGUCGGCAGAGGAGGAAGCUGAACUCCAACGAUUGAAGACGCAGGAAAUCCCAUUGGAAGACACCCAAGUUGCCAUCGCCGCAGAUCAAUCGGCAAACGCUGUCAUCAACCAUGCUGCUCUGCUCUCUGUUGACAAACGAGUGCUGCUGAUCAACAAUCUUCGAAACUCUUUCGACCAUGACGAAGUGUCUCAACAGCGAGCGAUGUAA